AUGCGGACUAUUGGGUCUCGUCACUGUAAAAAAGGUUUACUUUUCAGACCACCAUACUUGUUGUGCUGGCUGCAAUUUAUUAUAACGUGUAUGUAUAAAAAAUUGCUUGCCGCAGAAGUUGUUGAUAUGCCAUCGACAUUCAUGAUAAGUAUUAUGUGCAGUAGUUUUGGUAGAAAUCGUCAGGGAAACCUUGACAAGCACAAUAGCGACAACGUGAACCUGCAACUACAAAGGCACACUGCCGAACAGAUGCAAACCAUCUCCGCGUGCAGAAGUUCUGUACCUGUUUUUCGAGUAUCCAUUCCCACUUUGCCUUCAUGUACUUCUUAAAACCAACUACACCAUACCUACUUAUCAAGUCGUCGGUACUACUAUUCGACUCCUCAGUCACCGAAGUACUAUGAACGCGGAUUUCAUUUCCAUAACGUAGACUCAAUGUUGUGCUUCGACUAAGAAAUGUUUGAGUUUCGUUAGAGGACACAUUCGUUAGAGGGCUUGCAUAGUGUCUUAUCGAUAUUCGAAAUUUGAAGAUUUUGCUUUUAUUUUGAGUUUUUGCUUCUCCAUCUCUCUCGGGUAUACAGAAGUAGGCUCCGCCCGCGCAGAAAUACAAAUGUUUUUAGAUCACGUUGAAGCUUAUCAGCAGUUUCUUUGGGUGUAUACGCC